AAUCCAAUCCCAGACAAUGUCAGCCACGCAGAAACAGUAGGAUGUGUUCCAAUCAAUCGGGUCAAAAUCUCAGACCAAGCUCGGCAAAAAAAACGAGAGAAGAAGCUGGGAGGUAGCUUCAUUUCUGAACGUAACUUUAAUAGUUAGGCCUGAUCUUGUAAGCUUUCUGUCAUGACCACUUCCAUGGACUACAACCUUUUGGCCAAAGAUCGGCAAACCAUGGACAACUUGGAAAAGCAACUGAUUUGCCCGAUCUGUUUAGAAAUGUUUUCCAAACCCGUUGUUAUUCUCCCAUGCCAGCAUAACUUGUGCCGGAAGUGUGCGAGUGACAUGUUUCAGGCAUCCAAUCCAUACCGGUCAACUCGUGGGUGUUCCACAGUUGGAUCAGGAGGUCGUUUCCACUGUCCUUCUUGUCGACAUGAGGUGAUUCUGGACAGACAUGGUGUUUAUGGGUUACAAAGAAAUCUUCUCGUUGAAAACAUCAUUGAUUUGUACAAGCAGGAGUCAAUCAGACCAGAAAAGAAGAGGGAGCAACCCAUGUGUGAGGAACACAAUGAUGAACGUAUCAACAUUUACUGCCUGACGUGUGAAGUGCCGACAUGCUCCAUGUGUAAAGUAUUUGGAGCUCACAAAGACUGUGAAGUAGCUCCACUCAACAAUAUUUAUAAAAGGCAAAAGUCCGAGUUCGGUGAUGGAAUCACAAUGCUAGUAGCAAGCAAUGACCGUGUUCAAACAAUAAUCACUCAGAUGGAAGAGACAUGCAAAAGUAUUGAGGAGAACAGUCACAGGCAGAAGGAACACAUGUGUGAGAAGUUUGAUGGUCUAUACGCACUGUUGGAGGAAAAGAAAAAGGAAAUGAUGCAAUAUAUCACAAUGGAGCAAGAGGAAAAGAUGCAUCAUAUUCGCUCAUUGAUUCGGAAAUACGCUGAACAUCUUGAGGAGAUAUCCAAGGUCAUUCAGUCCGGAUUGCAGUGUAUGGAGGAGCCUGAAAUAGCAGUCUUCUUACAGAAUACAAAACCACUGAUUAAAAAGAUUUCCGAAAUAUCUGAAAUAUCACAGAUGGAAAAAAUAGAACGUGGCUUUGAGAAUAUGGAUCACUUUUCAGUCGAAUUUAAGGAAGAAGAAAAGCUUCUCAGGGAGAUUGACUUCCAAAAAUUUGAAGAGGAGACAACUGAACUGGAAGAAGGGGAAGAAGUGGAAGAAGAGCAAACUGAGGAGAUUCACGCUGAGGUGGAGCAGUCCCAGCAGGAGGGUGCUUCUACUGGAGCUAUUUCACCAGCUAUCCAUCCAACAGAGCCAACACCCAUAAACACAACUGCUUUAGCAUCAGAAGAGGGAAGCGUCUGUUUGCAAACAGCUAUUGGACAGCAGCCUAGGGUUAAUUUUAAUGAGGCCUCUGAGCUCCUGGACUCUGAACCUCAGUUGCUGUCAUCAGCAACAACUGCAGAUCCUGCCUUUUACCCAGAUCGGCACAAAGCUCACACCUUGGACGAGAUCAGCCCCAGUUUGAACCUAUUAAGCAACAGUUCGGACGAUAGGAACAGUCAGAUUGGAUCAGCAGUUUCCAUUGCGAAAGAUGCAAAGAAAACAGCAGCAGACCGGAGUUCAGCUAAAUUGGAAGUGGAUGGUAAUGAAGAUAGUUCAGCUACAGGUUUGUCACAGACUGGUUCUGAUGACUGUGCCACAGGCCAAAGCGAAGAUACAAGCGGCGGGGGGCAGAAAGUAGGAGAAGGAAGUCGCCACGUGUUCUCCUUUUCCUGGUUAAACUCGCUGGCUAAAUAGACAGAGAGGGAGAGAGAGAGA